UUAAGCUCUCAUGGGUGUACGUCGGGGCCAUCGUGCUCAUUCUGUCCCUGUACCUGCACUGUAGGACUCGCCGCGGGCAGCCUCAUGUCCCUGCUUGAUGCCGUAGACCCCCAGACAGGAAAGUACCUGCCAGGCACGGCCCCGCACUGCUGGGGAGCUCAGGGCAGUGCAUCCCUGAGUCUCUGUGGGGCUGCUGUUGUCAAGGGAUUAAAAAUGGAACCAGGACACGUGCUGUUUGCCUGACUCUGGGCUGGGGUGUCUGUUGAUUAGAGUGGAGAGAGGGGGAGCUUGUGGGCCUUUGGGGUCCCAGUUUCUUGGGCGUGAUGCUGUGCCAAGUUGAGCCAAGCCUGGGUCAGAGUUGGGGAUCGGGAGGGUCUGUGGAGCUGUGGGAUCCCAUGCAGGGUGGUGCUGGACUUCCUCCAGCUCUGUUCCCCGACCCGCUCCCCCACUGGGAGAUGCGAGCACCCGGGCCUGGCUGGGCCUGCAGAUAAGCCUGUGGAUGCCAGAUCUGCUUCCUGCAAACUGCUGCAGGCACCCGUGACGCUGGAGUCAGUCAUGAACUUCCCCUUCAGCUCUGAGUCCAGCUCUGUCCCCAGCCUUCGGCAGUCCCCACGGUUUUCCACAGGGCUGCCAAGGAGGGGGAUGCGAGGCUCCUGUCCUGGCUCCCUCCGGGAGGUGCCCCAGCUGAGGGGCUGCCAGGAGCAGAGGGGCUGUGGGAGGCGAUGUCCAGCAAGAGCCACAAUGGACGACAUCUUCACGCAGUGCCGGGAGGGCAACGCGGUGGCCGUGCGCCUCUGGCUGGACAACACUGAGAACGACCUCAACCAGGGGGAUGACCAUGGCUUUAGCCCCUUGCACUGGGCCUGCCGCGAGGGCCGCUCCAAUGUGGUCGACAUGCUCAUCAUGCGGGGAGCACGCAUCAACGUGAUGAACCGCGGUGAUGACACCCCGCUGCACCUGGCUGCCAGCCAUGGCCACCGCGACAUCGUGCAGAAGCUGAUCCAGUUCAAAGCAGACAUCAAUGCAGUGAACGAGCAUGGGAACACGCCUCUGCACUAUGCCUGCUUCUGGGGACAUGACCAGGUGGCGGAGGACCUGGUGGGCAAUGGGGCCUUGGUCAGCAUUGCUAACAAAUAUGGCGAGACACCUAUUGACAAAGCCAAGACACCACUGCGAGAGGUCCUGAAAGAGCGUGCUGAGAAGCUGGGCCAGAGCCUCACCAAGAUCCCCUACAAGGAUACAUUCUGGAAGGGCACGACCCGCACGCGUCCCAGAAACGGGACUCUUAACAAACUUGCUGGAAUAGACUUCAAACAGCUGAGCUUGAGCCAAAAACUCAAUGAGAACCAGUCAGGAGAGCUGUGGAAAGGGCGCUGGCAAGGCAAUGACAUCGUCAUCAAAAUGCUGAAAAUCCGGGACUGGACAACUCGGAAGAGCCGAGACUUCAACGAGGAAUACCCAAAGCUGCGGAUCUUUUCUCACCCCAACGUGCUACCAGUGCUUGGCGCCUGCCAGUCCCCCCCCGCGCCCCACCCCAUUGUCAUCAGCCACUGGAUGCCCUAUGGCUCCCUCUACAACGUGUUACACGAGGGGACAAACUUCGUGGUGGACCAGAUGCAGGCGGUGAAAUUUGCCUUUGACAUUGCACGGGGCAUGGCCUUCCUGCACACAUUGGAGCCCCUCAUUCCACGCCACCACCUCAACAGCCGCAGCAUCAUGAUCGAUGAAGACAUGACAGCACGGAUCAGCAUGGCUGACGUGAAGUUCUCCUUCCAGUGCCCAGGGAGGAUGUACGCACCAGCAUGGGUAGCACCAGAAGCCUUGCAGAAGAAGCCGGAGGAAAUUAACAGGCGCUCAGCUGACAUGUGGAGCUUUGCAGUGCUGCUGUGGGAGCUGGUGACCCGUGAGGUGCCGUUUGCAGACUUGUCCAACAUGGAGAUAGGCAUGAAGGUGGCCCUGGAGGGGCUACGUCCAACCAUCCCACCCGGCAUAUCCCCCCACAUCUGCAAGCUGAUGAAGAUCUGCAUGAACGAGGACCCAGCCAAGCGCCCCAAGUUUGACAUGAUCGUGCCCAUCCUGGAGAAGAUGCAGGAGAAGUAGGGAGGGAGGUGCCUCCCAGCCACCCGAUGCUGCCAUGCUCCCCUCCCCGCCAUCCCCCAAGUGCCUUCUUUAACCCCAGAGCCAAGGGGGAGCAGGGAAUGCCCCCUCACCCUGAGCCAGCCAUGGACACACGGUACAGACAACGCUGCCUUCUCUGGAGCUGCUCUGCAGGCUUCAGACACUGUAGCACCAAAUCUGUGGCAGCACCUCCAUCCUCCCUGGCGGCUGUGGGCAGAGACUGAGCAGGAGGCCUGGCACACAACACUGAACAUGGCUUGGGCUCUGCUACCUGCGAGGCUGGGACAGGUCUGUGGAGCCACCCUGGUCCCCUCAUCCCCAGGCCCAGAGCAGCUCACCCACUUAACAGUCUCAUGUUAGGCAACGCCCAGUCCUGGUGCUCUUCCCUACCAAGGACAGUGGGGUGAAAAUUGCCUGUUGCGCCCAGCACCACCCCAGCUUCGCGCUUCACUCUAUCGUUUCCAUCCAGGCCAUGCGGAAAAGCCACCAGCAUCUGAAAUAAACAUUUGUUAUGAAAACUG